GCAGCUUCCGGUUCCGGUUCCGGUUCCGGUAGGGGCAGGUUGUGCUCCAGACCAGGGCUCCCAGGAUGGCAGGGAGCCGGCUGGAAACGGUGGGCAGUGUGUUCUCACGGACGCGGGACCUGAUGCGGGCCGGGGUGUUGAAGAAGAAGCCUCUGUGGUUCGAUGUGUACGACGCCUUCCCCCCGCUGAGGGAGCCGGUCUUCCGGAGGCCCCGCCUGCGGUACGGCAAGGCCAGGGCGCCCGUCCAGGACAUCCUGUACCACGAGGACCGCGUGCGAGCGAAGUUUUAUUCAGCCUAUGGAUCUGGCCCAAAAGCUUUUGAUCUGUUUAAUCCAAACUUCAAGUCUACCUGUCAGCGGUUUGUGGAGAAAUACAUUGAGCUGCAGAAACUUGGAGAAACAGAUGAAGAAAAGUUAUUUGUGGAAACAGGCAAGGCUUUGUUGGCAGAAGGUGUCAUUUUACGACGAGUAGGAGAAGCAAGAACUCAGCACGAAGGUGGUCGUGGUUCCAGGAAAUCCGAACCAGGGAGUGGCAGACCCCAGGCCUUGGAGGAAGAAGACCAGACACUGAAGGAGGAGCCACAGACCCCACAGGAGGCGGCAUCCAAGGGGCAGGAGAGUGGCCUCCCACCCACCUGAGGACCGUGUGGAGAUGAGGCCUAAGCUGUAAGCACAGCUGGAAACACAG